AUGAACAAUAAACAUGCUACAAAUACGAGCAAAAAACUAAAACAGUUCAGCACGAAGUCAAGAAGCAAAAGCGCCGCUAAUUUUAAGGGAUUGAACCAACUGAGAAGGGUCUUGAGUCAUGAUGGUAGUUAUAGCUUGGAAGAUCAUAUCAAGGAGAGGUCAGGGUCGAUGAAAAAAUCGAAAAGCAGUGACUCUUUACACCGGAAAAGGGCUAUAAGCGGUCUCAACAUGACUGCUCUUGGAAGAGUAUCAUCAAACUCAACAAGCUCACACCACGAAUCGAGUGGAUCUUUGGCAUUGGCUGCCGGUCUAAAGCCGUUGCGUGGGAGUAGCACAAAGUCGGUUCUGGACCUCCGAGACGGUGAUGAGAUGUAUCAGGACCACUCAACCACCGACGAAGAAGUGGAAUAUUUCACAGACGAAGAAGACCGAAAAGAGAGUACCCAGCAGUCCGCAGAAAAUCGUGGAGAGCACUUGCUGCGAGGCAACAAGUCGGAGCUACAGCUUGAUAGUCAGCCAGGAAUUCAACAUGCUGCAAGUAGACCUCAUUCAGCCUACGAGUCACACUCACAUGAAGCACAAAGUUUUGAUGAUGAAGACUCGCAGUCUGAUAGAUCAGGCGAAGAUCACACUUUACUGGAUAGCGAUGGCGCGUCCACAGAACAAAAUGCGCAAGAGGGCUCUCCCGGUCUUGAAUCCAGGGCUGAUAGCAGCAAUACCUUAAGAAACCAACCUUGCUACGGUGUGCCAUCCAAUAUGCGCCGUCCAAGUGAGGACCGAAUAAGUAGCACCGACCACAUACAAACUUUGGAUCAAAUAUCCAACGAUACGCGCCAAAUGGGUGGAAAUAAUUUUGCCAAUCAAGAUCAAGGUCCGGAGGACGAUCAAAUCGAUUCAAGCGAUCGCAUAGAUCAGAAUGGCGCCGAGGAGGAUAUCAUUUACGCACCAAACAACAUCGAAAUAAUGGCUAACAGCUUAAAACGGCAUGGGCCAACCUCAAAUAGGGCGAAUGAUUUAGCAUACGCAGACAAUGAGCAAGACAUUCCCCCUGAGGAUUAUCUACGGGGAAGAGAGAAGAAAGCUGAGGGAAGAUACAGUCCAACGAUGAUUCUUUCACAGUCCACGGGCGUUGAAAAGAGGUUUGAUGGGUCUCCGUCUCUUUCUGAUGAAACGGGCUCGCAGCUUCUGAAAAGUGAAAACAACCCAGAUUCUACAAAGGAUGGGAUUCAGUCUGGCAACAACAAUAACAGCAACAACAACAACACCAAGAGCAAUAACAAUUUCAGAUACAUCAACAACGAUUUCGCGUCCUCGUUCAAUUCAAAUCAAGGUACGCAGCGGUUCAGCAGUAGCUCUGUCAAGCCUGAUUUCUCGACAUCCAUCUCCAGUUUAUCAAGUCAUUUGUCUCGACCAAUAAACUCAAUGAAUGACAAUAAGUCAUACAAAGUGUCGAAUCAAAAAGUUGGACAGCCUCUCGCGACGACGCAUAAUAAUAGUCGUCCGCAUUUAGAGGCGAAAAAGUCAAAUAGCAACCGCUCAGAAGGCUCGUCCAACUUAAAUAACUUUUCCAAUUUUUUGCAGGCAGAAAGCAACGGAACAGAAUCACGUACGCAACAAAAACUUUGGUUACAGCGUGAAAACUCACUCAUGGACCUAUCCUCCCAAAAUUCAAGCUUGGACUCCAUAUUUCUAGCUUCUAAUAUAGAAGUCAAAAGGGAAUUUGAGAGAAUUUCGAGAGAAUAUACGAAUGUGAGACGAUUCAGUAAUCCAGUUACGGCAUCCUUGAACAGAGUAGCUCCUCGAAGCAGGCUAGAUACCAAAAAACAUCGCAUGGCGCUCUCUCAGAGUGAUGAGCUGACGAAAGUGUUCAGGAACGACGGAUCUCAAAAUGGAAAAACCCUUCAAGACUUCUGCAAAGAAAACAUGAAGCUCAAUAUCGACGUUCAACGUGUUUUGUCUAGUAUAUGGAAUAAGGAAAGCGCGGCCUUUAAUCAUCGAUCCGAAGUCCUUGCUCAAAAUGACAUCGAUAAUUCGUCUCUAGGAUACGGAACGCCGGCUCGUUCGCAAACUCGUCACAGCCUGAGAUCAAGCUAUGGGUCAUCGAACAAUAUCAACUACCAACGAGGAUUAGGAACACUACAGCCAACAACAAGAGCGGUUCAUCGACGGAUGGAAAGUGCACUUAACCAGCAACAGCGGCCAUAA